AUGGCACUUGUCAAGUUAAUGACAGUUGCACUCGGCUUGGGUCUCGCAGCCAGCGCUGAGAUAUUAGCAGGCGAGAGCAUCAUCACACCAUUGGGAUCGUCCAGUCUGACGACCGGUGCUGAGCUUGCCUGCAGUCAACUAGCAGACCUUUACCCCGACCAAACUCUGCUCCCAGAGUCAGAUGGUUAUACCUUUGAAGCAACUAAUUACUGGGACGUCCGUGCUAAUCUAGACCCGUAUUGCAUUUUCUUCCCCGAGUCGGCGGAGGAAGUUUCGGAUGGAAUACGCAAGAUUGUUGCUGCGAAUGCACAGUUUGCUGUGCGCGGGGGUGGACAUAUGAAUUAUCCUGGCUCGAAUAACAUCGAAGGAGGCGUCCUAGUCGCACUGUCAAAACUCCAAGAAAUACAAGUCAACGAUGACACGGUUGAAGUUGGACCGGGAUUAAGAUGGGAUGAAGUCUACAGUGCAUUGGAGCCAUACGGUCGAUUGACACUGGGGGGUCGUCUCAAGUCUAUUGGAGUCCCGGGGCUGACUCUGAUCGGUGGCUUUCACUACUUCAUCAACAAGUAUGGCUUCGUCAUGGACACGGUUGUCAGUUACGACGUCGUCCUUGGAAAUGGAACACAAGUGACUGCCAGUGCAACCUGCAACAGAGAUCUCUUUUGGGCAUUGAAAGGAGGAGCCAGCAAUUUUGGCAUCGUCGCCAAGUUUGUCUUUCAGACGUACGAGAUUCCGCAAAUCAGCACCACGAUUCAAGCCUAUAGCGAGGACCAAAUUCCGCAGUUCAUCAAGGCGAUCACAGACAUGGCGGUUGUGGAUGAUGCCUAUCCCAUUGCAGCUGGUGGUGUCUUUACAGUGACAUACAACGUGUCCGGCAAGGAAGCCACUGCAUCUGUCCUUGGACUGCAAGAGGGAUUCAGUAAUCCUCCAUCGCAGUUUGCCAAUUUUACUUCGAUUCCCGGCCAGAUCAAGCUGCAUAAUGUGACUACAGCAGCGCAGUGGGCUAAAGGCCUUGAUACGCCGAACCAGAUGUAUAGGGUGAUGUUUUCCCAUCGCACGGUAAAGCCAGACCCAGCUGUGCUCUACGAGAUGUAUCAAGCAUGGAGGCGUGGAAUUGAGAGCAUUUCCGACGUUGCCGGUCUCUGCCCUACCUUUGUGCUGAAUGUGAUUCCCCGAGGAGCAGCACGAGUCGGCAAGACGAAUGGAAUUGGGAAUGUGUGGAGUCUGGAUGAUGACCAGGCUUGGAUCAUCUGGCAGUUCAGCACCAGCUGGGCUCAUGAACAAGAUGACCUCCGUGUGCAGGCGUGGUCCCGUCAACUCAUCACGAAUCUCCAUGAAAAAUACAAGGUAAAAGAUCUGACUUCGGAAUUUGUUUAUAUGGGAGAUGCGGGGGAAUGGCAGGAUCCAUACUUGGGAUUCCCAGAGGAGAAUAUUCAGAAGAUGAGAGAUGUGCAGGCAGGAUAUGAUGCAAAUGGAGUCUUUUCGAGCCUCAACUGGGGAGGAUUCAAAUUGGGAGUGCCUGUCUGAAUAGUACUAUGAGAGCAUUGCAUAAGCACGAGUGUCCUGCUAUACUUGUAGUCUUUGCAGAAGUCUUGUCGCCGUGAUAAAAGCAUGCGUCCAUGUGAACCCAAUGUCUGGCGGAUAUCUCAACCACCCG